AUGCCAAGAAAUCAAACUGUUAAGCAUUAUCAUAAAAAAAGAUUCUUGCAAAUCCCUUACAUAUUUCCAAGUGGCACUAAAAAGUUGUAUAAUGAGGGUAGAGUGAUAUAUGAAUUUAGUCUUCUAUCAUGGCUUACAAAAAAGACUUCAUUCUUUGCCCUUGAAGUUAGCACUCGUCCCUAUCAAGAUCUAGAAGACCCAGAAACUGAUAAAGCAAUGCUUACAUGGUUCCUCCAAGGAAUGAUUCUUGGUUCUAAAAUUACUCGCAAAACUGCUAAUGAAAGGACUAUUACCGGGCAAUUCAACAAAGGAUUGGAAGGUAAAGUUUUACUUAUUUUCGAAGAAAUGAAUGGAAUAGUACAUUCUGAACUUGGUGUUAUUUUGACUAAAGCUGAUAGAUUUAGUUUUAUUAAUUCUUGA